UCCUUGGUGCAGGCCAAGUACGCCUACAAGGCUGCUCAACCGGACGAGUUAACUUUCGAGGAGAACGCUCUGAUCGAGGUCUUGAACCACGAGGAGGAGGGCUGGUGGCGUGGUCGUCUGACUGCCUCUGGCGUCGAAGGUCUAUUCCCUGUCAACUAUGUUCAGCCCUAUACUAACGCUCUGAGUGACGGCGUUUCUGCCUCGCCCACUGCCGCGGCAGCCUCUUCUUCGGCACCGAAGCCAUCGGCUGUCAUUAUGGCCAGAACGCUGGCCUUCAAAAGAAAUUGGCGCGAGCAUCUUCUGUUUUGCAAUCAGAUUUUUUACGAUGAAUUGGAACGGAGGAAUGUCGGUACCGCUGUGCUCAGUGAGAUUUUUGGUCGUUGGCCCUCGCUCGUUCUCUUAUCUCAGGCUUUUUACAAAGAACUGAAUGAGCGAAGACCGCAGCUAGUGAGCGGGGAGUCAGAAAUCAUUGGAGACAUCAUGUUCAGUCAUUUGCCCAGAUGUUUCAUCUACCGGGACUUUUGUGCUACCCAGGAUGCCGGUCUUCUUCGAUUGAAGAAACUCUGCGAGGAACAGCCUGCAUUAGGGAAGCUCAUUAAGGACUGCGAACGACGCACUCGGGCGGGUGUGCUGCCACUAGCCAGUUACUUUAUAAAACCGGUUCAGCGAAUCUCGAAGUAUAAACUUAUGCUUGAGAAGAUUCUCAAGUACACGUCAGAUAGCCAUCCUGAUUUAAAGAAUCUGCAGCAAUCCUUCCAGUUGGCCUCUGUUGUUCUUGAUGCCUGCAAUGAGGCUGUGCGGAAUCGCGAGAAUGUGGAGCAGUUGUUCCUCCUGCAGGAGCGUGUCAUCUUUACCACUGCAGUCCCCGAGAUAACCUUCUUCGAUCAGAUUGCGUAUUUAGGAUCGCGCUCUCUGAUGCUGUCGGGAAAAUUGUUUAAGGUCAAAUCGGGCAAGGAGCUAAUCGUUUUCCUCUUUAACGACAUGCUCUUUCUAACCGUGCUGCAUAACAGUAAAGAGCCCAUCACUCUUCCUCUUCGAUCUUCGCCGAAACUAAGAGCCAAACUGAAAGUCUACCGUGAACCCUUCUAUUACAAUGAUGUGAGUCUAGGGUCACCGCGCCCAGAGAUUAUGUCCACGCUGUGGACGUUGUGCCCUACUUCGUUCCAGCGCUUCGUUUUCUGUUUCCCUCGAAUGGCCUGGAAAGCAAAGUCCCGGUAUUUGGAAAUUCGGAGCCUACACACAACCCACACCGAUUGA